AUGAGACUGGAUCUGUAUUUCUAUUCCUGCGCAGCCAUCGGGUUCUUUGUCUCUUUCUUGCUUUUUUUUUUUUUUCAUCGUAUCCCUUUCUCUUUUAACUCCGUCCUUCUCCCUUUAUUUUUUCUCUUUCUUUUUUCCUUUAUCUCUUUUCAUUUUUUCUUUGUUAUUUUAAUUUUUUCCUCAAGUGUCUCUCAUUUUUCUUUUCUUUUUUACACUUCUCUCUCUUUUUUCGACCAGCAUUCUUGCUCUUUUCCUUUGUCUCUCUGUAUUCAUAAAUUUCUAUGCUUUCCCUUACUUUUUUCUUUCCUUUCACGGCUCCCCUUUAUUUCUCUUUUUUUUUUUAUUUAUUCUUUUCGGAGGCUAGCCAUCACGGAAAUGUGCGUCUUUCUUCUUUUUUUUUUUUAUUCAUUUUUUUGUGUUUCAUUGAUUUCUUUACUUUUCAUUCGCUCCCUUUUCUUUCUUUUCUCUUCUUUUGUCUUUCAUUCAUUUCUCUUUUUUAUGUUUUAUCUUUUAUUUUAUUUUCAUUCUUCAUUUUUAUCUCUUUUUGCUCUUCCUUAUUUCUCUCUCUCUCUCUCUCUCUCUCUCUCUCUCUCUCACUCUCUCUCUCUGUCAUCCUGUCUCUAUCUUGCGCCUGGCUCUAAUUAG